AUUGUUUGCUCUUCCCCUGGGAUGUUUCAAAGCGUCGUGUUUUAAUUACGAGAAACGAAAAAUACUGUAAACUCUAUUUAGAUGUGAGUUGACACCGACGCGAUGAGACGACUUUCCAGAACUGGUAGCAUCGGUAAUCUUCGAGACGACGAUCCAGAGAAAACUGCGAAUAAUGGCAACGAGUCGCCGAAGAAAAAGAAAACAAAAUUCUUAAUGAUCAAAGAGUAUUUGGUUGACUACAGCUCAAACUCAAACCUCCACGGUCUGAAGUAUAUUGGCGAAAAGGAGAGAACCUUUGUAGAAAAAAUAUUCUGGCUGAUCAUGUUCACGUGCUGCGUUGUUCUCUGCUCCAUAUUGAUCUGGAAAGUGUGGAUCAAAUGGAACAUAAGUCCAGUGAUUGUGAGCUUUGCGGAAACCUCUACUCCUGUUUGGCAAAUUCCUUACCCCGCUGUCACGGUGUGCUUUGAGACGAAGGCCAUGCAAACAGUAUUUAAUUUCACGGAAUACUACCACCAGUACAACAACGAGUCCACCUACCAGAACCUGACCGAGGAAGAACGGUUUCUGUUUGAAGAUGUGAGCCUCGUAUGCGACGACCAUCUCGCCCCAAAAACUGGAAGAAAAUUCUCACUGGGAAAUGUGACUGUUGAUAACUUGAAAGAGCUGUCGCCGAACAUAACUGAAAUAUUCUUGGGAUGCAAGUGGAAGGACAUACCCAAAGAUAGCUGCACUGACCUGUUCUCUCCUAUCCUGACAGAAGAAGGACAAUGUUACACCUUCAACACGCUCAAUGCUGAUCAGUUGUUCAGAGUGGAAAACUUGCACAAAGCGUACAACUACCUCGAGUUCACCAACACAUCGCAGAGCUGGACUCUGGAAGAAGGCUAUCCACCUGAUACUCCGCUAGAGACUUACCCCCAUCGUGGAUCUGGAUAUGGUGCAAAAUCUGGUUUAACAUUUUUGUUAAAAGCAAGACAAAUUGAUUUAGAUUAUCUGUGUAAGGGGCCAGUUCAAGGAUUUAAGAUUCUUCUCCACAAUCCUGCGGAGUUACCACGACUAUCGCAGCAAUAUUUCCGAUCCCCUUUGUCACAGGAAGUUGUUGUCGCAGUCAAGCCCAAAAUGAUGACCACGUCUGAAGGUUUAAAACCAUAUGAUGCAACGAGACGCCAGUGUUAUUUCCCAAGCGAGCGUUAUCUGCAGUAUUUCAAAGUUUACACUCAAGCAAAUUGUGAAAUGGAGUGUUUAACCAACUUCACCGACGCCAGAUGCGGAUGUGUUCAUUUUGGGAUGCCGCAUGGACCCAAUAUGACGGUGUGUAACGCUGGAAGUGUUCCUUGUAUGAAGAACGCACAAACGGAGCUAGUGACAGCUGAAAUACAAUCGGGUCUCGAGAAUGAUAUCCACUCGAACGAUACUCUGGGCGACGCUCGCAAAGUUGCAGCGCAAUGCAAGUGUCUACCAGCGUGUACGUCCAUCGAAUAUGAGGCGGAGACUUCUCAAGCAGACUUUGACUGGAAAGCCCUUUUCAGAGCUUAUAAACUACCUACCGACGAAGAGGACCUUCUCAUGGCCCGAGUGAUGAUAUUCUUCAAGGAAGCACAAUUCAUAACAUCGAGGAGAUCGGAGUUGUACGGUCCGACGGAUUUCCUCGCGAACUGCGGCGGUCUUCUCGGUCUUUUUAUGGGCUUCUCCAUACUAAGCGUUGUUGAAAUAUUAUAUUUCUUAACUUUGAGAGUAUGGUGCCUUCUGGCGCGGAAACGUCGACCACAGACAAACAUAUUGUACGCCUCGCCGGAACUUAACGGAGCGAAUAAGAAACUCAAAACACUGAAUGUCGAUUAAGCACGAAUAUUUAAUGUUAUCAUUUAUAAUUAAUUAUACACGUCAUUAUACACUCUUGCAAAUAUAAAACAGAUUACUAAAAAUUAUAAAGAUCCAUUAAAAUCUUGCUUACA